UUAUAUGUGUGUGCCUAUAUAUAUUUAGAGAGCUAAGCCAAAGCUCAGCAUUAGACUUCCUUCCUGAGCUACGAGGGGCAUUUGUGGAGAUACCCCUCCCACCCCUAUCACCACAGAGCUCCUUGCCCACCUCCAAGAGGAUGUCUCGGUGGCUCUGGCUCCUUGGCAGAGUCCUGCUCUUGCUGAAUGUGACUGCCUCUGUGAACUUCCUCCAUCACCGCUAUGAGGAGCUGGUGCAAGCCCUGUACGAUGUGAAGGGCUCAUGCCCAUAUAUUACCCGGCUGUACAGCAUCGGACGCAGCGCCCAGGGCCGCCACCUCUAUGUGCUGGAGUUCAGCGACUACCCUGGCAUCCAUGAGCCCAUGGAGCCGGAGUUCAAGUAUGUGGCAAACAUGCAUGGCAAUGAAGUACUGGGCCGAGAACUGCUGAUCCAGCUUGCCGAGUUUCUGUGUGAAGAGUAUCGACAUGGCAAUCAACGUAUUACACAGCUUAUCCAUGAUACGCGUAUUCACCUCAUGCCUUCCAUGAACCCUGAUGGAUAUGAGGUGGCAGCUGCCCAGACCCAACACAGUUUAAGAGACUUCACUGGGAGAAACAAUGCCAAUGCAGUUGACCUUAACCGAAACUUUCCUGAGCUCAAUACCAUCAUGUACCACAAUGAAAAACAUGGCGGACCAAACCAUCACCUUCCCUUGCCAGACAACUGGAGAAAUCAGGUGGAGCCAGAGACUUUGGCUGUGAUUGAGUGGAUGAAAAGUUACAAUUUUGUCCUCUCAGCCAACCUUCAUGGCGGAGCAGUAGUAGCCAAUUAUCCCUAUGACAAAACCCAAGAGCAGAGAACGCGAGGCGUCUGGCGUCCAACCAACAGUCCCACACCUGAUGACAAUCUUUUCAAAAAGCUAGCCAAGGGCUACUCCUAUGCACAUGGAAGGAUGCACCGGGGCACAAACUGUGGGGAUUACUUUCCUGAUGGCAUCACCAAUGGAGCCUCUUGGUACUCCCUCAGCAAAGGGAUGCAGGAUUUCAAUUAUCUGUUCACCAACUGUUUUGAGAUUACUCUUGAACUGAGCUGCAACAAAUUCCCACCACAGGAAGAACUGGAGUUUGAAUGGCUAGCAAAUCGUGAAGCACUGAUUGCCUACAUAGAGGAGGUUCAUCAUGGCAUCAAAGGCAUGGUGACAGAUGAGAAUAACAACAAAGUUGCUGGUGCUGUCAUUUCGGUGGAAGGAAUUGGCCAUGAUGUCACUGCAGGUGAACAGGGUGACUAUUUCCGGCUGCUUUUGCCUGGCACUUACACAGUCACUGCAUCAGCAGAUGGCUACCAACCCCAAAUAGAGAAAGUUGUGGUGGGUCCCGCUGGGCCCUCUGUGGUACACUUCCAGCUCAGGCAGGGUGCUUUGGACAACCGUCCUGCACAGAAGAUCUCUGAAAAACACCACACAAGCAAAGCUCUGCACAAAAAGGUUGUGCCACGUGCUGCCCAGAGGGAGAUGCCUCGGUGAAACCAGAAAGGUGGAAGCAGAUGGAAUUGAGCCAUUUAUACUAUAAGAAGUCAAUAAUGCUGGCAGAUGAACUUUCUAAAGGCCAUCCCACAACCUUUCUUGUCUCCUGCAAACAUGAAAUGAGCUGAGACUUUGUUUAUUAAAUGUGUAAUAUUUAACUUCGGUGCAGACUCUUUCAGGAGGAGGGCAGUCAUUAGACCUUUCAGUUCUAUGAUUUUCUAACCCAG